AUGCUACGUCUGACCUGUACACGACGAUAUCUGGCCCAUCACUUUCAAGGACGUCCGUCACUCAACCUCACUCGCUCCCUCUCCUCGACAGCAUGUCUUCAUAAAAACCGUCACCCUCACCGUCACCAUCAUCCGCAUCCUCAGCCCGAAGUCAAUCUAUCCGAAGCUCCCGAGAAGGAGACAAAACCCGAUGAAAAGGUCAACUAUAAUGUCAACUUCUACAACGCGUCCCCUGAUCCCGAACAUACGGACUAUACUCGCGUGACGGCCAACGACCUCGAGUCGUUUACCACACCACCGACGCGUGUGAAGAUGCUCGUACGCGACUUCAUCGAGGACUCGCUCUAUAAUCCGAACUAUGGGUAUUUUCCGAAACAGGCAACCAUCUUCGAGGCUAAGACGGAACAAGGUCCUAUAGAGUUCACCAAAUUGAGGGACACGGCGGAGUUUCAGGCAGAGGUGUCGAGGAGGUAUCGCGGGUAUGGGUUGGAUGGCUCGGGUCCGGGGAAGCAAAUCUGGCACACGCCUACGGAGCUGUUCAAGCCGUACUAUGGCCAGGCGGUAGCCCAGUGCCUCGUCGCGGAGUACCUUCUCAAGUACUUUCCAUACGAGGACCUCGUAAUAUAUGAGAUUGGCGCUGGAAAUGGUACACUUGCCCUGGACAUAUUGGACUAUAUCGAAGAGGAGUACCCAGAGGUGUACGAACGGACCCACUACCACAUCAUCGAGAUUAGUAAGAGGUUGGCGGGAUACCAACGAAAUAAACUGUUGCCGGUCCAUCCGUGCGUCCAGGUCACGAACGAGAGUAUAUUUCACUGGAAUACACAUGAACCCCGGCCAUGUUUCUUUUUAGCUAUGGAAGUCGUCGACAACUUCGCACACGACUUGAUUCGUUACGAUACUCAUACGCUCCAACCAGUCCAGGCCCUUGUCACAAUCGACAAGAACAACGAUUUCGGUAUGCUAUAUGAACGGGUCACCGACCCUCUCAUCGCAUCCUUCCUCGCCCUUCGUCGACGCCUAAACGACCCACCACCCUACCCGAGCUUCCUCAAUUCGCCCACAAUCCGCGCCCUUUAUAACAGCCUUCCGUUCGUCCCCAAUCUCUCGCAACCAGAAUACAUACCUACCCGGCUCCUCAACCUUCUUCGCACCCUCCGAUCUCAUUUCCCUCGCCACCGACUCCUCUUAACCGACUUCAGCUCACUCCCGGAUACCAUACCCGGGAUUAACGCGCCAGUUGUCCAAACGCGAGUUCAAAACUCAACCGUCGCGACCGAAACCCUGUUCGUUAAGCAAGGCUUCUUCGACAUAUUUUUCGCCACCAACUUUUCACGGCUCCGGGAUAUGUACGAACACAUCCUCGCUCAACCCUCCACGACUUCCACUUCCGACUUUUUCGACUCGAGGGUGUCGCCGUUGUCGACGAAUGCGUCGCUGCUGAGCGAAGGAGCGGGGUUCUUUUCGAGCUAUCAGCCCAGGAACAGGAGACCGCCGGUAGAUGGGGUGGCGAGCGCGAGCGGGCUGCCGGUCGGAGAGAGGAAGUCGAAUGUGUAUUCGCAUGCGGAGUUUGUGGAGACAUACGCGGAUCUGGGGAGGACGAGAUUGAGGAACGGGGACAAUCCGAUGGUGGACUAUUAUCAGAAUGUCAAGUUCUUAUUCUGA